CACCGGCGUGCGGCGAGGGAAAGCGCCAUUUUAUUCCGGUGUGGAACCUUCUCCCCAGAAAAAUGUACCCGACCACGCUGACGCAGUUGGCCCGGGCCAACCCGUUCAGUGCCCCGCUAUUCACCUUGCAGCAGAUCGAAGAACCGAAACGGAGAGCCACAGCUGCUGAACCCAGCAAUCGCAGGCUGGCCGCUGCUGCAGUGGAAGAGGGGGACAGCUGUGAGUUCGGCUCGGCCCGGUACUUUGUUCUGUGCGGGUUUGGUGGGAUUCUGAGCUGCGGUACCACCCACACGGCGGUGGUGCCGUUGGACCUGGUGAAGUGCCGGAUUCAGGUGGACCCGGCCAAGUAUCAGAGCAUCUUCAAAGGCUUCUCCAUCACGGUGAAGGAGGAUGGGGUGCGGGGGCUGGCCAAGGGCUGGGCCCCAACCUUCUUCGGCUACUCCAUGCAGGGCCUCUGCAAGUUCGGCUUCUACGAAGUGUUCAAGAUCAUGUACAGCGACCUGCUGGGGGAGGAGAACACGUACCUCUGGAGGACGUCGUUGUAUCUGGCUGCGUCAGCAAGUGCAGAAUUCUUCGCCGACAUUGCGCUGGCCCCUAUGGAGGCGUGUAAAGUGCGUAUCCAGACCCAGCCCGGCUACGCCAACACGCUGAGAGAGUGCGGCCCCAAGAUGUACGCCGAGGAGGGGCUGUGGGCGUUCUAUAAGGGCGUGGUUCCUCUGUGGAUGAGGCAGAUCCCGUACACCAUGAUGAAGUUUGCGUGUUUCGAGCGCACGGUGGAGCUGCUGUAUAAACAUGUGGUGCCCAAGCCGCGCGGCGACUGCACCAAGGCCGAGCAGCUGGUGGUCACCUUUGUGGCGGGAUACAUCGCCGGUGUGUUCUGUGCGAUCGUGUCUCACCCCGCUGACUCGGUGGUCUCUGUGCUGAAUAAGGAGAAGGGCAGCACCGCCGCCCAGGUGCUCCAGAAACUGGGACCCAUGGGUGUGUGGAAGGGUCUGACGGCUCGUAUCAUCAUGAUCGGUACCCUGACGGCCCUGCAGUGGUUCAUCUACGACUCUGUGAAGGUGUACUUCCGCCUGCCCCGCCCCCCUCCCCCUGAGAUGCCGGAGUCCCUGAAGAAGAAGCUGGGGCUCUCUGAGUGAGGGGUCCCCCCGCCCCGCGCCUCCAUUUUCUAUUUAUGUCCCUCCACACCUCUCCUGCGCUGCUGCUUCAUGCUGGAGAGUCAGGCAGACGGCCCCCCCUAGUGGUGGGGGAGAGGACGCCCUGGACACUGUUGUGUUUAAUCAAACCUCCUGUCUUUAGUUUUAUGUGGAAAUUAUAAUAAUUAAAAAACCUUGGAAACAAA